AUGGCAUUGAGGAUUCAAUUCAAGAAAUACCACAAGGCUCGCAAUCUUCUUGCCAUAAAGAUAAGGCGAAAAAAGUUCAACAGUCAACAAAAAAGAGAAGACUUUCAUCUGGAGUUUGGUCACACUUUAGUAUGCUUCCUCGAAAUUCAGACGGGAAACUCAAAUGCAAAUGCAACAAGUGUGGGGCUAAGUAUGCAGCUGAUAGCAAAAGUGGUACAGCUUAGGUUAAAGAAUGCUUUGAUCUUUGAUGGAACUUUGUUUCAUGUUCGAUGUUGUGCAUAUAUUCUCAAUUUGAUUGUACAAGAUGGUUUGAAAGAGAUUGACAUUGCCGUGGAUAAAAUUAGAGAAUCUGUGAAAUAUGUUAAGGGUUCUCAAGGAAGAAAGGAAAAGUUCAAGAAUUGUGUUUUCCAAACUUCUCUAGAUUCUAAAAGAGCAUUAAUGCAAGAUGUUCCGACUAGAUGGAAUUCUACAUAUAGAAUGCUUUCUAGUGCUCUUUACUAUCGUCUUGCUUUUUGCCAUCUUCAAUUGAGUGAUUCUAAUUUUCAAAGUUGUCCAACUGCAGAAGAGUGGGAAAGAGUUAAAAAAAUAUGUGGAUUUCUUGAAGUUUUUCAUAAUGCAACUGUGGACUUUUCUGGAUCUCGUUAUCCAACAUCAAACUUGUACUUUCCUCAUGUCUUUGUAAUUCAGUUGAAGUUACAUGAAGAGUCAUCUAGUCAGGAUUUGUAUAUGAAGAAGAUAGCUGAUCAAAUGUUUGUCAAAUUCAACAAAUAUUGGUGUGAAUUCAAUGUUUUAUUUGCAAUUGCUGUGAUAUUUGAUCCUCGGUACAAGUUUCAGUUUGUUGAAUUUAGUUAUGGAAAGCUUUAUGGUUCUGGGUCUCGGGAAUUAAUGAAAGUUAGAGAAACACUUUUUGGUAUUUUUGGUGAGUAUAUGAAAGAUUCAAAUACUAGUGCAGCAUCAUCUUCACAUUCUCAAGGAAGCAAAGAGGUCAAUGCUCUUACAUUUCAGGAUGAUAUUAGUAAAAAAUCUUCAAAUGUUUUCAAGGAAUUUGAUGAAUUUGAGGAUUUUGAGUUUGCUGUCAGUGCUCAAAAAAGUCAAUUGGAGAUGUAUUUAGAUGAACCAAGAAGUAAAAGAACAUCUUCAAUUAAUGUACUUGAGUUUUGGAGAUCUCAACAAUUUAGAUAUCCAGAGUUAGCUAAAUUAGCUAGGGAUGUUCUUGCUGUUCCAGUUUCAACAGUUGCAUCUGAAUCGACUUUUAGUCUUAGUGGUAGAAUUCUUGACCAAUAUCGUAGUUCAAUGUCUCCGCAAGUUGUUGGAGCCUUAAUAUGCAGUAGAGAUUGGCUCUUUGGAGAAAACUAUAUAUCUCUGGUCAAAUUGGAAGAUGUAACUCAAGACAUUAUGACUUUGGAUCUCAACAAAGGUGAAGCGGAAUCUAGUUUGAUGGAAGGUGCAAAUUCAAAUAUUGGGUGA